AUGGUCGGCUUUCGAGACAAAACGAAGCGUGUACGAGCUCAUUUACUGCUUGUACUUUGUACAUUGUGUGCAGUACAAAUGCCGAGUGCUACAAGCACUGCAGAUAAUUUAGACCGUUGUCUCAAUGGAAAGCAUCACAAGAAAAGCCCGGGAGCUGAGGGAGCCGGAUUGAAGAAGUAUCACUGCUCGCCAUGGGCUGAAAGAUCAUGCUGUACCAAUGAAACAGCACAAAGCAUUAAACAAGAUGGAGUGUUCACUUUAUACAACAUGAAAUGGAACCACUGCAGUCGUAAUCUGUCGAAGGCUUGUCGAGAUUGGUUUAUAAAAGACACAUGUUUCUACGAAUGCUCGCCAAAUCUCGGACCUUUCCUUGUUGUGGACAAGAGAUCGAAGAUAACUCGCAAAGAAAGAGUGAUCAAUGUGCCACUAUGUGCUAGUGACUGUGAUGCCUGGUUUGAAGCAUGCAGAGAUGACCUCACAUGUUCUGAUAACUGGGGUAAGAAUUGGAAAUGGACGAAACAAGGCAACCAGUGCAUCAAGGAGUGCAGAACCUUCAAGGAGUAUUUUCAGGAUUCGUCAACAUUUUGUAACAAUAUUUUUGACAGAACAUUUGAAUAUGCCCAUGGAAAAGCUGGCGAAGACUGCUUAUCUCUUUGGCCUAAUGUAAGUAAGGAUGGCAAAAACCCAAACGAAAAUGUUGCAAGGAUUGUGCAGAAGUCACAUGCCCAAUAUGCGGCAGUUGGUGAAAAGGUCGUUAACUUCCUAGAUACAUGUGUGGCAACGAACUACCAUAAAAGCAAACCAGGACCGGAGUUGGACAUCACAGAAUGCGUUCCAUGGCGUGGACAUGCAUGUUGUACAAAGAACACGACUGAUGCAAUCAAGAAAGAUGGGGGUGUAUCAUUGUUUAACAUGAAAUGGGACCACUGUGGGAAUCUGUCGAAAAAAUGCAAAGACUAUUUCAUCAAGGACACAUGUUUCUAUUCAUGCUCUCCAAACUUGGCACCUUGGAUUGUGAAGGAUAAUGUUCCUAAGAAAGCAAGGACAGAGAGGGUUAUGAAUAUACCACUGUGUUCUGAUGAAUGUGAUGGCUGGUUUGAGGCCUGCAAGGAUGACUACACCUGUUCGGACAAUUGGGGUGAAACGUGGAAGUGGAGUAAGAAAGGUAAUGAGUGCAAGUUGCCCUGUAAGCGCUUUAAAGAUUACUACAAAGAUCCAGUCUCGUUUUGCAACAAGAUAUUUGAUCACUCAUUUGAAUACACGGAUGGUGAGCACGGUAAAGAUUGCAUGUCAUUGUGGCCUGAUAGUGAUAUAAGAGACUUGAACAGAGAAUUAGCCUCUAAGGUAGCUCUUACAUUAGUCAGUGCUGGAAUUUCAUUGAACCCUCCGGUGUUUGCUAAUAUAGGUUUCAUUGUCUAUGCUGCCUUGUUUCUACAGAAACUGCUUGAUUUGUAG